AUGAUUGAUGCUGUUGCGUCCAAGAUAAUCAAGAAAUACUUGAACGAUUAUAUUGAAGACGUCAGCAAGAAUCAGCUUGACAUGAAAAUUUGGAAAGGAGACGCAAAUUUUCAAGAUUUAAUAUUAAAAAAGACUGCAUUGACUAAUAAUGGCAUACCACUUACAGUAACUAAAGGAUUAUUGAGUAAAAUUCAUGUUACAUUUCCUUGGAAGAAUCUUGCUCGUGAUCCAACCAUCAUCAAUAUCAGUGAUGUAUACAUAUUAGUUACACCAGAUGCAGAAACAGUCAUUAAGAAUGAUCUUCAAGCCGCCAACGAAGCAUUUCAUAUUGGUACUUCUGAAGAUGAAAAGAAAGCCAAUGAAAUUGCUUCAACUCUUCAUAACUUAAUCAAUACAGUUAUUGACAACUUGCACGUAAAUAUCACGAAUAUACACAUCCGACUUGAAUAUAGUCUUAACGGUGCAAAUAUCUGCUUCGGAUUUAUUAUUCCUUCAAUACGUGUUUAUUCAGUUGAUGAAAAUGGAAACGAAAUCAAAGGCAAAAAGAAGAAAGGCCAGAAUAUGAAGAAGAAUCUUGAUAUUUCAAAAGUUUCAAUUUACUUUGACACUACAGAUUUACCUAUAGAUCUUGAUAAAUUUACGGAGUUAAUGAAAGAAAAGAUGAGUGAAAACUUCCACCAAUUCAUUUUGCAGCCAUUUUCUAUCCACGCGAAUUUAACUCAUGACCGUUCGAAACACGCCCUAUUUGAAACAAUUAUAUCUACAGUAUUUGAAAACUUGCAUCUUUCCUUCGAUUUAAUGCAAUGCCAUACAAUCAUUUUGAUCAAUAGAGCUUAUGCAAAUUUCCAAAAGCAAAGAAAGUUCGCGCACAUCAUCAAACCAUCACCAGAUGAUAAAGCAAUGUUCUUUAACUAUCUCGCUAAAUGCGCAAUUGUCAAAGCAAGGCCAAACGAAUUUAAUCCGAAAUUAGCUUUAACUGUACUCAAAAACAGAAAGCAGUACUUACAGUUCUACAAAGAAAGGCAUAAGAAGCACAAAAUCAUCCAUUUGAAGAAAGAUUUAGAACAUCUUGAGAAAAAGAUCGGAACAGAAGCCUCAAACAUCCUUCGUAGGUAUUCAGAGUCCAUUAUGUUAAGAGAAAAAAGCUCCCAUAUUACAAACCAAAUCGAUAUCAACGAAUUAAAGAAAUUAGUUGAUCAAUCCGAAAAUGUUUUCCAAAUGGAAUCGAUACAAAUGGACUUCUUGAUACCCAAAUUUGAAGUUGAAAUCAAUCUUUUCCAAGGAGAACCUUUGUACAAAUUUAUCAUCGAAGGAUUGAACGGAAACAUGCAAAAUAACAGCAAGAAUGGAUUCUUACAGACAUUAACAUGCACAAUUAUCAACGCUUACUCGUUCCCUGACCAAAAAUCCGGUAAUUAUAAUCUAAAAGAUGCAAUUAACAUCUUUAAAACAGAAAAACCAUCAUUGGAGAUGUCCAAAAACGAUAAACUACUUAAUGUCAAAGUCGAUAUCAACCCAUGCACUUCAAAACUUGAUAUAAGAUCUGUCAAAAAUUUACAAUACUUUACAAGUGUCAAAAAUCCAAGUUUAAGGACACAAACAACGGCGAACAUUAUUGAUUUCGGUCAGCAGUUGCAGAUCAUCAGAUCUAUAAGAGGAAUGAACUUCAACCUCAACGUGAAAUCCUUCGAUUACACAAUGCCUUACAUUGAAAAUGAUCUUGAAAAAUUCGUCACUUUUUCAAUUGAAAAUAUUCAAUUACAAACACGCCCGUUAAACGUGACAGAAAAAUUUUUAGUUAUUACAAUAUCUAAUGAACUUACUAUUAAUUCAUUUAGAGUUGACAAUCAAUCGUUAAUUGACAAAAUGACAUUUUAUUCAAACAAUCAAUUGACAUUUGCCAAAGAUGAUUUUAAUGUUGAGUUGAAUAUCGGAUGUGGACUUAAAAACAGCAGAUUGAUAAUCAACGAAAAUUGUAUUAAUUCAUUAAACAACGCGUUGAAAUAUCAAUCAUCCGUAUUAGCAGCUUCUAAUGACCAGAAACAACCAGAACAGAAUGUUACUACUACUUACAACAUAACGAGAUUAACUUUCAUGACUAAUUUCUCUUUGAAAAAUUUCAAUGUCGAUUUAUACGAAAAAGAAAUUUUGAGAUCAAGUUUCGAAAUGAAUGACAUUGAGUGCAAUUUCACUAAAACAAGAGAUAACCAGAUGACUGAUAUAACAGUUACUGAUAUGACCGCUGAACAAUACAACACCAACUACUUGAAACUGAAGAAUACAAUCAUUUCUAUGACAAAAGACAAAGUUUUGGUUCAAUCUUCAACUCCUUUCAUAGUUUUCGACCACCUUUGGAUAAAAUUUGUCCAAAAAUCUUUCAACAAACUCAUGUCAAUCUCAGCUUCUCCACAAGAAGAAAACAAACAACAAAAACAAAACGAACCAGAAAAUUUGUCAAAUAAAAACGAAAAUUUGACAAAUAAAAAUGGAAAUUUGACAAAUAAAAAUGAAAAUUUGACAAAAGUUGAAGAAGAACCAUGGAUGUUGGAGAUUGAUAUGAAGAAGCCGGUGAUUGAGUUGGCAGCUGAUUAUGAUAAUAUUGUAUUGAACAUGGAAAAGUUUUACAUGGUUUCUGGAAAAGAGAUGACAAUAAAAAUCGACAAAAUCAGUGGAACAAGGAGAGAUAAGAUGUUUUUGAAUGAAUUGGAUAUACUAAUUGACCAAAAAAUUUCGGAAAAAGGAUAUUUGAUGAAACUAGACAUUCCUUUCUUAGAAAUUAACUUAGAUACAGAUAAAUACCACUCAAUUAUGAAUGCUAUUUAUUGGUAUUUAGAAGUUACGUAUAAUCCAAACAUUCCUCCAUCAGAAACUAUCUGGGAAUACGAAGUUUCAAUAAAGAAAAUUUCUUUGGGAGGAUAUUUAUUCUAUUCAAAGAUAUUUGAUUCAAUUCUAGAAGAUGUUUUCGUUAAAACAACAUCAAACUACAAACAAUCAAUAACUGAUGUAACAAUAGAAACCUUCAAAGGAAACUAUUUGACACAGAACCAACCAUUAUUUGUUGAUUCCCAAAACCUUAAAAUAACUUAUGAAGGAUACAAAGAAGAUGCAAAAUGUACUAUCAUUGGCGAUGUCAAACAGUUUAAUUUAACAAGAGAAGGAUUCAAUUGGUUAAUAGGAAUUCCUUUCCCUGCAACAGAUCCUCCAGAAACUCCUCCACCUCCUUAUCCAAUUGAUUUGAAUAUUAAAUUAAGCGGUUUAGAAGCAAUUUUAAUUGAUAAUGGUGUUGAAUAUUUCAAGGCAAAUACUCAUGGUGUUUCCAUGACAGGUGUUUAUAACAACGCUGUUGCUCUUGAUAUUGAUUUGCCUGAUCUAAAAACAGAAACAUCUUAUAUGUCAGAUGUCACGUUUCUUGACACUUCACUUUUGAAACUUCAUUAUGAAAACUACGCAAUAGAUUUAGUUUUCGAUGAAAUGAACUUGAAUACAGCAAUAAUUCCUCUCAAAACAUUACUUGAUAGUUUCUCACAAACAUUUUAUUGGAUGAAUAACCCGAAUUCUGAAAAUAUCGAUCAAGAAGAUUUGGGUUGGACUUUAGGUUUGUCACUUUUAUCUAAAUCAAUUCGAACAAACCUGUUCAAUUUGAAGAACGAGAAAACACUUGAUAUUUUGAUUGAAAACUUAAAGUUUUGUAUCAAAUGUGUACAAAAACAUGCUGCUGUUUCUUUGGACAAAAUCGAUGUCAAACUAGAAAAUAAUGAUGUUUUUGUUUUGAACAAUUUUAUUGCUGCUGUAUCUUUCAUUGAGAAUGACAUUCCUCCUCAAAUCGAAGAUAUAUUUGCUGAGAAACAUAUCUAUUGCAUGAGAGGUUUCGAUUUCUCAAAGAACUCUUCAACAAUGUCUGUAAAUAAUAUUUAUGUUAAAUACAGACAUCAAACAGCUCAAGCAAUCUUGGAGUGCAUUCCUUUCUCUGAUUCUCCAAAUAAGCCAAAACAAACUCUCUCGUCUACUGCUUCUUCAGAGACUUCUUCUGUUGUUUCUUCGUCGCCUUCAAAAGUCAUAUCGAAUUACCAACCAAAAGCGGUUUUGUCGAUAAACGAAAUUUCCAUUGUUUUCGUCAUUUUCGAGCCAUUGGCAAACAUCAAAGUAACAAAUGUCAACGCAGGUUUCAGCACAAUAUGGAGUGCAACUGUUGGCGGAUUAGCAAUUUCACCAGGUCUUACAAACAACUCAAUGAUUGUUUGUCCAGUUGACAAAGAAUUUUUCAGGUUCGAAAUGAAAGGCGAAGAUUUCGCAAUGUCGUUAAUCGAAAGCGAAGUUAACUUCAACUAUUCAUUUUGGCUUGGAUUACUAUCAUUUGUCAUGAGAUCUCCUUUGAUUAUGUCUGCUUACCAAUCAGAAACAAAUGAAUCAAAUGAAGAGGAAGUGAAAAGUGAAGUAAAAAGUGCCAAACCUAAUUUAUCAUUAAAAUUCAAUGCUCCUCAUUUAAGGCUGAAAUUACCAACGAAAUCAAAGAGCGGAACAAGGCAUUGGGUUAAUUUAGAGUUCAACACUUUGGUGAAGAUGUCAAGUGAUGUCUUUUCAGUCAAUGUUUCACAAUGCAAAUUAUAUAUUUCAAUAGACAAAAUCGUUUAUCCUCCAAUUUUCGAAAAUUUGUCAGUUAAAUAUGAAAACGUAACAAAAUCCAAUGGAAAAAUAUCUAAUAGAAUUGAGUUAUCUGAUUUCCUUUGGCAGAUCAGUGCUGCUGAUAUUAUUUUGUUCAAUAACAUCAGAAGCGAAGUCCAAGAAGUUGUUUCCAAAUUGAGAUUUCCACUUCCAACAAGUGCAGAAAAAGGAAAUACUUCUGUAUCGUUUAUUAAAUUCAGUUCCGGCAAUUUGCAGUUGAUUAUGUGCAGAGAUAAUAGGAGUUCCACCAAAUGCAUACCAAUGUUUAAAGUUGUCAUUCCUCCAAUCAACUUUAAACUCAGUUCUUCAUCUGAAUUCAACGCCGUGGCAAUAAACAUCAAUCCUUACACGACGUAUUUCAAUGAAACAACAGGAAACUACGACCAAAUCAUCGAGCCAAUCGAUUUGAACAUCAUCGCAGCAUUGAACGAGAACUCAGUUAAUUUCAUGUUGAAAUGCGCUGAAACAGUAAACAUCAAUUUGCCUUUGAUGGCUGUUUUACAAUACAUGAAAAUGUGGGAUGAUAUAAAGUCUGGAAUGGAUGGAGCGAUAAACUGUGAUGAUUUACCAUCAUUCUGGCUGUCAAACAGAUUGGGAGAUGAUGUACAAUACAUCAUAGCUCAGGAUGAAUCGAAAGAUGGAAUGAUAAUGAUGCUGGCUCAAGAACAAGCUAUUCCAAUUUACAAUAUUGAUAUGAAUUGUAGAAUUUCGGUUUUGUUUGGCAAAAAUUCCGUUUACUUUUCUCCAUCUAUAUUGAAUUACCCGACAUUACUUAAUGAAACAGUAUCCGCUGUCAAGAAGCCUUACAAAGGUGGAAUGAUGGUAGAAUUAUCAACACCAAGUGAAGUGGAAAAUUGCUUGGGAAUAAAUUUGAUCGUUUUUGUAAAGAACGAUAAACAAUUUGUCCAAAACACUAAACUGAGACCAGGCGAGAGAUACCAAUUGGUUUGGACAUCCCAGAAGAAGGAGACAUCAUUGAUAUUCGUUGGAGAAGGUUCAGACGCAAGUUCUGGUCAUUACGAAAUUAUUUUCUCUCCAAAAAUUGACAAACCAAUUUCUUUCAAAAUUUUCUAUAAGAAGACACAGAUUUUUGUGAGAAGAACUGCAAGAACAGACAGAGCAACAGGUCGUAGGAUCUUUGCAAUUGAGCCCUGUUGUUAUUUGACUUCUUAUUUACCAUUACCUUUGCAAGCAAUUCCUUUCGAAGGACAAAUUCCUUUGGUUUUGCAACAAGGAACUAAAACAGAGGAUUUAUUCAUCGAUACAUCACAAAGAAAGGCCAAACUCGUAAUCUCUUUGGAUGGAGACACUUUCAACACUUGGACAAUCUAUCUGAGAGAAAGAAAUCCUCAAGUUUUCUCUUUAAUCGACCCAUUAUCAAGAAAAACCGUUAAUUUGGCGGUUAGAGUUGAUGCUCCGAUAGAAAAUGAUGACAAUAUGCUCCAAAUAAACAUUUACUCGCCAUCAAUCAUUUUCUCAAGUGUCAAAAAACCGAUAACCGUCGAAACCGUUGGCAAAAAGUCACAAUCAGUUAAAGUUGAUGACAGAUUAUUUGGAAUGGUUUGUCCAGACAGUUUCGAGAGCGACAAGACAGUUGAAGCAACAAUUUUGAUGGAAGAAACAAAGAGAAGUGAACCAAUCAAUCUUUUGGUCACUCAAAAUAGGUCACUUUUCUUGAAAACCGAAAUUCCUGACAUAUUUAGACCAUUGAGAAUUGAUAUUUCACAAAAGGAUGAAUGCUCAGUGUUAACAAUAAGUGAAAUGAUCAUUGUCAAGAACUGUUUGCCGUUUUCUAUUGGUUUGCAACCGAUUUUGGAAAUUCCGAAAUCAUUUACAGAAUCAGAAGAAGAAAACUCCAAAAACUUGAAGAUGCAUGGCCCAGGAAGUGUUGUUUUGGAAGGAGAAACAAAAGAAAUACAACAUGUUACACAAUCAGGAUGUUUCAUGUUGAGUGUCUUUGGUUUCUUGACAACUCCUGCUCUUUGUUUAAUAAAGAAACAAAGAACAGUUUUCAGAGUUUCUUCCGACAAAAAAUUCUUCAUCAUUGAAUUGGAAGUUUUCGAUGACGGAUGCUCAUUCUAUUGCGUUUUCAAGAAAUCCAAGUUCCCGACACCUUUCGUCAUCACAAAUGACUUGGAAGUUCCUAUUUCUGUCUAUCACAUCAUUCCUCGUCAUUCUUUCAAUGUUUAUCCACUUUCUACUUCUAUUUUUGCUUUUGAUGAACCAUUUGCUUAUCCUUGUUUGAAGAUUCUUGUCAAUGGAAAGCUCCUCAACAUUUCUUUGAUAGAAGACACUGGUUUUGUUGAGUUGAUUUCCAGCACACAAGAACAGAAGUAUUACGUGGCAAUUAGAAUGACAAGUGAAGGUUUUAGAACAGUUAUUUUGUCAGAUAAAAUCUGGGAAGAGAAAGAGAAGUUUUCGAUGAACAUUUCAUUGACAUUUGCGGGAUUUGCGAUCUCAAUGAUUGAUGAAUACAUGAGAGAACUGUUUCUACUUUCAUUGAAUGAUGUUUCAGGAUCAUUUGAUUCAGGAGCUAAAGGAAGUUGCCUCAAAAUCAAAGUGAAUGAAAUGCAACUCGAUGAUCAACACACAUUCAGUGAAACACCAAAUGUUUUGUCAGGAAGAAUGAAUGGAAAAACUCCUUUCUUCCAAAUGGAAAUGGUUCUACCACCAAAUAUUCUUAUGUUCACAAGUUUCGACUAUUUAAGAAUCAAUAUAGAGAGAAUUGAUGCAAAUCUUGAUAUCAAUUUCUUGGCAGAUGUUUAUAAUAAUUUAAGUGUUUUGUUGGAACAAAUAAGUUACAAGAUUGAACCAAAAUUACCUCUACAAAACACUUCAUCUGUUUCUAGAUCUGCAAAUGUUUCAUGGCUUGAAGUUUCUCCUAUCUUCAUAUAUACGGCGUUUAGAACUUCAUCGAAUAGACCAUGUGAAACAAAGAAGUUCCCUUAUUCCAGUUUCAUUCCAAGUAUUUCAGGAGUUUUUGAAAUUCCUGGUGUUUUGUUGGGCCAAGUUUCUGACACUUUACAAAAUAUUAUUGACAAAAUAUCAGGUGAUUUCAAAACAGAAGUUUUCAAGCAGUUCAUUAAAAUGCUUGGCUUCAGUGGCUCUAUUUUAGAUGGUCUUGGAGUCAGUCAAAGAAUUGCUGAAUAUUUAGGAAUCAAAAUGGUUUCUGAACUUAAUUCCGAAGAAGAUGAAUCAUCCAAAUUAUCUCAGAACACAAGCGAUGUCUACGAGAACAGAGUGAAUGUCAUUGGAGUGUUCAGCAAAGAGAGUUUGGAGCUGAUCAGUAGAAGAGCAAAUUACUUCAGAGCAAUGCCAAGUGAAAUCAUUUCUGUUCUGAUGGAAAACAAACACAUCGAAAAUCUCCAAGUAAAAAGAGUUGGAAGAGGUGUUUUCGGUGUUUGGAACGAGCCAAGCGAUGCAGAAGAUAAAACAGCAGUUGUGUUGAAACAAAGAAGACUUCCAAGAGCAUUUCCACUCAAUAAAAUCGAGAAAUACUCAACAGAGGCAAGUACUAUGCAAAACAAACUACAACUGGCACUUAAAAACGAGUCAGAAAACAGACAGGAAAGGAUAAGAAUGCUUCUGAAUCCACACGACGAAACAUAUGUUUGUAUCACUGAUUCCCUUUUAGUUGUAAUGAAUAAGAAUGAUCCAAAGAAAGUCAUGAGAACUUAUAUUUCUCAAGGAACAUUUUCGAUUUUGGCAAAUAACAGUGUUAAGAUCAAAACAAACAAAGGAACAACAAUUAAUAUUCCUUACCAGAGCGAAAAAGAAGCAGAAGAGACAUGCGCUUUCUUGAACAGCCAAAAGUUGGCACUUCAAAUAUUCGAAUUCUCAUUGAUCUAA